ACUAUUUUUAAAUUUAAAUUUAUUCUAACUUCACUUCCCUUUAUCCCUCUGUACAUAUUUCCUUAUACAGAUACCGUUGAAUACUUUCCAGAAUGUAAAAGACUUGGGCGAGACUCAACAUUUUAUAUCUUCUGUAUAUAAAAAAAUACAUACAAAUAAUUUACGUACAUAUUUUUAGCGACAACACGUUGAAGCUCAUGGUGACGUGCAUGUAGAAAUAUAAUAUUGAAUUUAGUUAGUUAAUAAGGUUGAUGAUCAUUUGUUGUGAAAGAUGGAAGCAUCGAUGUUGAGUUCUGCGGUUCCUAGUAUGAACAUGCAUGGAAAAGGAACAGAAAAUAGUACAAGUUCCGUGUCCAAAUUAAAAAAUGGUUCGGUGAGCUUUUCGGCUGCCGGAAAUAUGGAACCUAAGAUUGUCAAGGGUGAAGAUGGUUAUGUUCUCGAAGAUGUUCCGCAUUUUACCGAUUACAUUCCGAAUUUACCUACAUUUACGAAUCCAUUGCAAGCCAAUUCUGCAUACUCUAUUGCAAGGAAAGUGUGUGUCGAUUGUGAUGACACUAUUGCGCAGAAGAUUGUUGUUCACAAGGAUAGUGCAAGAGGAACUCAUUUUCGAAGGGCUGGAGCUACUCAACAGGUAUACUUUGAAUCUGAUGAGGUUCACGCGUGCAUCGUGACAUGUGGAGGCUUGUGCCCUGGUCUCAACACCGUGAUCAGGGAGAUCGUCUGUGGUUUGUACAAUAUGUAUGGCGUCAAGAAAGUGGUCGGAAUAGAUGGAGGAUACAAAGGCUUCUAUUCUCGAAACACAGUCCCUUUGACACCAAAGGUUGUUAACAAUAUCCAUAAACGCGGUGGAACUGUACUUGGGACAUCGCGAGGUGGCCAUGAUACUAAGAAGAUAGUCGACUCCAUUCAGGACAGAGGUAUCAAUCAGGUUUAUAUAAUUGGAGGAGAUGGUACACAGAAAGGGGCCUCUUUUAUUUUUGAGGAAAUUAGAAGGCGUGGUCUUAAAGUAGCCGUUGCUGGAAUCCCCAAGACAAUUGAUAAUGACAUCCCGGUAAUAGAUAAGUCAUUCGGGUUUGAUACUGCUGUUGAGGAAGCUCAACGUGCUAUUAAUGCAGCUCAUGUUGAAGCUGAAAGUAUGGAAAAUGGAAUCGGUCUGGUGAAGUUAAUGGGCCGUCAUAGUGGGUUUAUUGCGAUGUUUGCUACUCUUGCCAGCCGUGAUGUUGACUGUUGCUUGAUUCCAGAGUCACCCUUUUAUCUUGAAGGACCGGGUGGUCUUUUUCACUUUAUAGAGAAACGUCUCAAAGAAAAUGGCCAUAUGGUUAUUGUCAUAGCUGAAGGUGCAGGACAGGAGCUCGUCGCUGAAGAGUCUCAAGCUACUGGCCAGCAAGAUGCUUCAGGAAACCAUGUUCUGCAGGAUAUUGGAAUUUGGAUGUCUCAGAAGAUCAAGGAAUACUUCUCAAGAACUGACGAGACUGGAGAAAAGCUUAUGGCGGUUACCCUCAAAUAUAUAGAUCCUACUUACAUGAUUCGAGCUGUUCCUAGCAAUGCAUCUGACAAUGUGUAUUGCACACUUCUUGCUCAAUGUGCUGUUCAUGGAGCUAUGGCCGGUUACACAGGCUUUACUGUUGCCCCUGUUAAUGGCAGAAACGCAUAUAUACCCUUUUAUAGAAUUACUGAAAAACGGAACAAGGUUGUGAUUACAGAUAGGAUGUGGGCUAGGCUUCUGUCAUCGACAAAUCAGCCAAGUUUUCCGGUUGUCAAAGACUCCUCCAAAAUUAGCAAAGAGGAAGAAGAGGGUGACAGGCGGGUAGAUGGCUCUGCAUCAGGAAGCAAGUAAGAGUGCCUUUUGGCUGCAAUGUGAAUGAUUUAAAUUGUUUUUUGUAACUUGUUUUUUUAACUUUUAACAAGAUUAGAUCUGAUCAUAAGUGAAAGUUUGUAUGACAAGAUAUGUUGUAAACUAAAUUAAUUACUGAAUAAAAAAUGGCAUUUAGG